AUGAGUGAGUUUUGGUUGUGUUUCAACUGCUGUAUUGCAGAACAGCCUCAGCCUAAAAGACGACGGCGGAUUGACCGAAGCAUGAUUGGGGAGCCAACAAACUUUGUUCACACAGCUCACGUAGGAUCAGGAGAUCUAUUCAGUGGAAUGAAUUCGGUCAGCUCAAUUCAGAACCAAAUGCAGUCCAAGGGAGGUUAUGCAGGUGGCAUGUCUGCAAACAUCCAAAUGCAGCUCGUAGACACAAAGGCAGGAUAACUUUGGGGAUAACCUUUCUAAUUUAUGUGAGUUCCUGUACCUUCUUUCCUGUGCCCUCUUUUGCCUUGGUGACUGCUUUCUGUGCUGAUGACGAGAGAAGUGGUGGCUUAUUGUUCACUCUUUGUGAUUACUCCCAUGAAAAGUUGCUGUCCUGCUCUGAUGAUGCCAUUUGUCAGAUUGGUCCGACCGUGCCUUUCAGUGACAUGUGCACACUGGCCUCUACUAGUAUCAUGGACAUAAAGCUGUUUAGGAUUGUUUGUAGCUUUUUGUUUGUUUUAAGGCAAAUUAAAGCACCAACCUUAGCUUCCCUCACCCCUCACAAAUACUAAUGCGCAAUGUUCUGUUACUUUUUAGUUUUAAAUUGUUUUCUCCACUGAAGUAAUUUAGAAAUGAGUGAGUUUCCAUUAAUGUCUUCAAUCAUCAAUUGUUCAUACCCAUUUUUGAAAGGUCUGGGACCUGCAAGCACAAGUGAUUAUUUUAUACAAAAUCAGCAGACUAAAUGACCGCAUGCUUUGUGAGGUUGUUUUGUAUGGUGGCCCGCUUGGUGCUAGAAGAGAAAAUAUAUUGCUUACUGCAGAGUGGUGAAAAAAUUUGCAGUGGCACCAAGUCAUGCCUGCUUCUGAAAAAGGACUUGUAACUUAGCUGCUUCAGAGUUUUGUCUUUAUUUUAAUUUUUAUCCAACUGGUCUUGAAAUAAUAAAGAGACUUGCA